GUCGUAUCUUCCUUAUUCCUAUAUAUCUAUCUCUAUCCAGUCUUUUCUCUCUCUAAUCCUCUCUCUCUUCCAAGUCUUCAGUGGAAACAAAAGCGAAGAAAAAAACCAGAGGUUGCGGAGUUAAGAAGAGAUUAUCGAAAACGCGUGUGAUUGUGUGAUUGCGUGUUUCUCUCUCUAUCUCUCUCUGAAGAGAAGUAAUGGAUAGGGUGUUCUCAGUGGAGGAGAUUUCCGAUCCAUAUGGAUGGCCAGCGCCGCCACGGCCGCCAUCUCACUCUUCCAUGCGAACCAAUGAAGAGCAAAAGAUGAUGAAUCGAAGUUCGUCGGAAUGGGCUUUCGAGAGAUUCCUUCAGGAAGCGUCAGCAUCGGAGAAUUCGCAGUCUCCGGCAUCGUCAUCCGCCGCCGCCGCUGAUACUCCCUCUCCGCCAGCUGUACUUUCCUCCUCCUUUGUCUCUCCGUCCUCAUCUUCGUCGAAGAGAGUCGGCGAUGGCGGACGUGAACGUGAUGACGACGUUGUCGAGAUCAAGGACCGUCCUCUGCCUCAGCUUUCCAAUCAACCUCCACCCCCAAACGUUCCCAAUGAUUCUGAGGAGUACCAGAAUUUCCUGAAGAACCGUCUCAAGCUCGCUUGUGCUGCCGUUGCCUGGACUCGGGCAUCUUCUGUGAAACCUCAAGAUUCUACUCAAUCGGCUGAUGGUGGAUCACAAACUUCAAAUACUUCACAAUUGGGAUCUCAAGCUCCUGCCAAAGGACCAGGAUAUGGUUUCUCCGUGGGACAAGAUAAAGUUGUUGGGGGUCCAGUAGGAAUUCCAGCACUGCCUGCUAUGCAGAAAAAAUCAGGAGUUCAGGCUAGACCAACAACCAGUGGGUCCUCGAGAGAGCAGUCAGAUGAUGAUGACCUUGAAGGUGAAACAGAAAAUACUGGGAAUAUGGAUCGUGCUGAUGCAAAGCGCGUAAGGAGGAUGCUGUCAAACAGAGAGUCGGCUAGACGUUCAAGAAGAAGAAAACAAGCACAUUUGAGUGAGCUUGAAACACAGGUUGCACAAUUAAGAGUUGAAAACUCUUCUUUGUUGAAGCGACUUACUGAUGUAAAUCAUAAGUACACUCAAGCGGCUGUUGACAACAGAAUUCUUAAAGCAGAUGUUGAAACAAUGAGAGCAAAGGUGAAGGCAGCAGAAGAAACUGUUAAGAGAGUGACAGGGUUGAAUCCACUGUUCCCAGCGAAUGGUGAGAUACCACCUCUGAUGGGCAUGCCAUUUGCGGGCAGCCCAUCUGAUGCGUCUGCAGAUGCUGCUGUUCCAGUGCAGGAUGACCCCAAGCGGCACUUCUAUCAGCCUGCUCCUCCUCCCAGUGGUGCUAUUUCCACUAAUCCACGUGAUGGAAGAGUGCAUGAUGGCUUGCCUGAUAUUCCUCCAGCCCCAGUUGCUCCAGUUGCUCCAAUUGCUCCUGUUGAUAAGAUGCAGAAUGUAAAUGGGGGUACAAAGAUUGGCCGAACGGAUUCCAUGCAGCGGGUAGCUAGCUUAGAACAUCUUCAGAAACGUAUCCGUGGGGGUGGAAGUUCCUGUGGACCUGUGCAAUGGGAUGCAGGGUGGGAACCAGAAACCCCUUAGUGGUGGACGACAGUAACUGCUUGUUAAGGUUCAGAUGCAUAGGAUUUAUUUAAUUAAUGACUCCUAUUCUUUUCUGUUUAUAUUGCAGGCUGAAACUGCAUUUCUCACCUUCCAUAGUAUUAUAUUCUCAUCUCCCUCUGUUAUUGAUUUGAUUUGAAGGCAGUGCUUCCCAUGUUAAUAGCCAUUCACAGGAUUAUAAUCGAUCAUGCGCCUCUUCCUA